CAAAUCGUAGAAAUAUUUAUUACUAUUUUGAGAUCGUCUAUUUUCUUUUAGAAAAUGGAUUUUUUUUUUUAAUAUAAAUAAUGUCAGUAUUGAGUCUCGUGCCGGAAGAAAAACGUAGGGAUCAGAGAAAUUCCCUAGAGAGCGUAUACAGCAGCAACUCUCGACUCAAUUUGCUUAACAAACGCAAGCGUUUGAACCCAAUACUGGAUAUGUCGAAUCAAUCUAUUAACAAGGGAGAUAAAUACGUAACCCAACGUGUUUUAUCUGCAAAGACGCACAGAGUCAAACAAUUACAAAAUCAGCUUGCUGACGCCCAUUAUCAUUUACAAGAGCUAAGUAAUGAGAAUAAAGUGCUUCGAGCUUUACAAAAGAAACAAGACAUAGCUUUACAGAGAUACGAAAACUCCAACGCAGAACUGCCUCAGGUGCUAAACUCUCACAGUGAAGAGAUGAGAAUUCAGCAAAGUAAAUAUAAACAGUUGAAGCAGCAGUUCAAGGAAGCGACGAUGAAGUUAAAAGAGAAAGAUAUACAGCUGCAACAGCUAAGAGAUGAUCACCAGCAUUUAUUAGAUUUGAGUAAGGACAGAAAUCUUCUUGAUCGUGAAAAACUUCAAAGUCAAGUAGCAGAUUUAACGGCGAAAGUUCAACAACAGAACGAAACUAUAAGCAUGCUGCAAAGAAGAAUAGCGCUAGAGGCUAAGAACUUCAAACAUCAGUUACAGGCCGAAAUAAACAAACAUAAAGACACGAGACACGACUUGGACCUGGCCAUCACCAACGCUGAUAAGUUGUCCACUAUUAUAGAGAUGAAAGAAAAAAUGCUCAGCACUGCGGCCAGUAGAGGUGGUAAAUCACCUACUAAAGUACCGUCUGUUAUGAACCUGGCUCGACCCGUUAGUAAGACGGGAAAAGAAGCAACAAAUCGAAAUGAUGAAAGAGCUAAUAUUAUUCAAACGGAACAAAAUAUACUUGCCAAGUUAUGUGAAAAUUCACGUAACGUCAGUAGUUCGUUGUCUCACGAGGAAGAUACAAGUUCUUCAACUGAACCACGCUCAAGAUACAUUUCCAGUCGAUCCUCAACAAGUAAUCGCACUACGCCCAAUCCAGUAAGAAAAAGUUCUAAAAAUUCAGAUGGGAUUAUAGAACUUGCAAAAACUGUCCAAGACGGCAUGGCCGAUUUAACAAUCAUUGAUGAUACUUUAAAAAAUUCUACACCAGAUGAAAUGCAAAAAAGAAAGGAAGCUAUGAAACUGGAUCUUAUGAAUAAAAUAAAGAAUAACGAAGAGCCAUGUUCAAGAAAAUCGAGCGGUUUAAGGAGAAUGUCAACAGAGGAAUCGAUUGAAGAGCAAAUCGUUGAAGAACUUCCAACAGAAAGACCAAAAUCUCGAGGAAGAAGGAAUUCUACGGUUUCCUUCUAUGAUAAUUCAUAUUCGGAAGGGAACAAUUAUAGCACUGGCGAUGAAGGCGAUAAAGUACACUUAAAACGUGAGAUAAGUAUCGUUGAUAAGAAGACAGUAGUAAAACCUAUCGAGAAAUAUUGCAAAGAUAUCAUACAAGAUAUUGAGAAAAGCAGCAAAGUUAUUGAUGUUCAUAUGAAACAAUUUAGUCAAUCUAAAUACACAGGCGACAAAAUAGUUGAACAGCUACAAGCUGUGGAUAAACUGAAUCAGAUCGUAAAUGGAAGCGGAGAUAUACCAACUGAAACAUUAACAGAGUUGAAUAAUAGUUUUAAAAUGUUAUCUGAACAAGUUUUCACUGAAAGUGUACCAGUAGCUAGAAAACGUUCUCUGUCCAGUAGGAAAAAUUCUCGUAUCGAAUCCAAAACAAAUUUGCUGGGAGACGCUAACAUGAGCAAUCAAGAUUUACUAGACGAUCUGUUAGGAAAGAAAUGAUAUACGGUAUUUCCUUGAAG